AUGGAGAAGCUGGUGUGCUGGUUCCUGGUCUUGAUUGGAUUUUCCUGUGCCUUUGGCCAGACAGACAUGUACAAAAAAGCUUUUGUGUUGCCCAGAGAGUCAGAUAAUUCCUUUGUGAUCCUGAUGGCAGAGCUAAAGAAGCCACUCACCGCCUUCACCGUGUGCCUGUACACUUACACCGAUGUGGCCCGUGACUACAGCAUCUUUUCCUACGCCACCAAGAAGCAACCCAACGAAAUCCUUGUGUACUGGUCUAAGACGAGAGGCUAUGUAUUUGCAGUGGGUGGGGAUGAAGUCUUAUUCCCGAGUCUUCAAGUCCCUACAGACCCGGUGCAUAUCUGUGCCACCUGGGAGUCGGCCUCUGGGAUUGCAGAGCUCUGGGUGGACGGGAAGCCCAGGGUGAGGAGGAGUCUGAAUAAAGGGUUCUCUGUGGGGACAGAUGCCAGCAUCGUCCUAGGGCAGGAACAGGAUUCUUUCGGUGGGAGCUUUGAUAAAGGCCAGUCUUUGGUGGGAGACAUUGGAGAUGUGAACAUGUGGGACUCUGUGCUGUCACCAGAAGAGAUUAGCACCAUAUACGCUGGUGGAAACUUCAGUCCUAAUGUCCUGAACUGGCGGGCCCUGAAGUAUAAAGCACACGGGGAGGUGUUCACCAGGUCUCAGCUGUGGCCUGCGGCCCUGUUUUGAACCCUGCAGUGCUUCGUGCCAGUGAG